AUGGCAAUGGCCAUAAGUGCCGGUGAAUUAACCGCUAAUCAAAACGUCAAUAUAUGGAAAAUUAAGAAACUUAUUAAAAGUCUAGAGUCGGCCCGAGGUAACGGAACUUCAAUGAUAUCACUGAUAAUACCGACUAAUGGCCAGAUAUCUCGGGUGUCGAGGAUGUUAGUGGACGAGUCGGGAACGGCCGCCAACAUCAAGAGUCGCGUGAAUCGGCUGUCCGUCCAGUCGGCGAUCACUUCGGUUCAGCACCGGCUGAAGCUAUACAGUCGAGUGCCGGCCAAUGGACUCGUUAUAUACUGCGGAACAGUCAUCACCGAUGAGGGGAAGGAGAAGAAAGUGAACAUCGAUUUCGAGCCCUUUAAGCCCAUCAAUCGAUCCCUUUAUCUCUGCGACAAUCGCUUCCACACCGAAAAACUAUCGGAACUUCUGAUCGAAGAAAACAGAUUUGGAUUUAUUGUUGUCGACGGAAACGGAGCUCUUUUCGGCACUUUGGAGGGCAAUAGCCGUCAAGUGAUCCACAAGUUUGCCGUCGAUUUGCCCAAAAAACACGGACGCGGCGGUCAGUCGGCGCUGCGCUUCGCACGUCUUCGGCUCGAGAAGAGACACAAUUACGUCCGCAAAGUGGCCAAAGAGGCGACACAACUUGCGGACUUUAAGACCGAACUCAACCAAUCGGAGCUCUUUGAUAAGAGACUUCGGGCAAAAGUGGUAAAACUAGUGGACGUGUCGUACGGAGGAGAGAGUGGUUUCAACGAAGCCAUCAAUUUAUGCGGUGAAGUGUUGUCUGGCGUUAAGUUCAUCGAAGAGAAGAAACUAAUGGAUCGAUAUUUUAAUGAGAUAUCUCAAGACACCGGCAAAUACUGCUUCGGUGUUGAGAACACAUUCACAGCGCUGGAGAUGAGCGCCGUUGAGGUACUCAUCGUUUGGGAAAACCUCGAUAUUAUUCGACAUGAGCUCAAGAAUCCCAACACCGAUGAGCGGAGGGUUCUUCACGUGACGCCCCGUCAGGAAACGGAUCGCAAAUUAUUCGCAGAUAACGAGACGGGCGUUGAGUGGGAACUAUUGGAAUCGAUGUCUUUACUCGAAUGGUUGGCAAACAAUUACACAAAGUUUGGCGCAAUUUUGGAGAUUGUGAGCGACAGUUCUCAAGAGGGCUCACAGUUUGUCAAAGGUUUUGGUGGUAUCGGAGCUAUUCUUAGAUAUGCAGUCAAUUUUCAGGCCAUCGAUGACGCUAUCGAUGAAGAAUUGUACGAAGAAUUACAAGAACUUGACAUUUAAAUAAUUAACAUUUUGCCC